AUGUCUUCGCCCAAGAUCAUCCUCUAUACCAACCGCGGCUGCCCAUGGGCACACCGCGCCCACAUUGCUCUCAAGGAGUCCGGCCUCGACUAUGAAGAAGUCACUAUUGACCUCGACACCCCCCGCGAGCCCUGGUAUCUGGAAGUGAACCACCGCGGUCUUGUCCCCAGCCUGUCAUACAACAGCGAGAUCAUCAUUGAGUCCGGAAUUGUCGCCCAAUUCAUCGCCGACGCCCACCCCUCGCAUCUCUCCCCUCCUUCAGGCCCGGCCGAGAACGCUCUCUACCGGGCCCGCAUUGCUCUCUUCGUCGAUGCAUUUAUAAGCAAGGUUCUCCCACCCUUCUUCGCCAGUCUGCGCGCUACCAAUGAGGCGGAGCGUGAUACUGCUGCUGAGGACGUGCUCGCUGCUGUUAAGAAGGAGGUCGAGCCUCUGCUCGCUUCGACAGAGGGCAAGGGUCCGUUCUUUGGUGGUAGCGAGAAGCUUACCCUGGCCGAGGUCCAAACUGGAUCCUUCGUGCUCCGCUUACUGGGAUUCGCUAAGCCCGAGCACGGUCUGGUGAGUGCCAAGCUGCCUACACUGUUGGAGCAAACCCCACGCUUCAAGCGGUGGGCGGAGGCCACCGUUGCCCAUGAGAGUGUCAAUUUUAUUUUCGACGAGAAGGCUAUCGCCGAUCGCACUCGUUCCAGGUUUGCCCCGAAGGCUUAG